AUGGCCUUGGGCCCUCUCAUCUUCCUGGCUGUGGUAGCUCUAGUUCAUCACCCCCUGAUGGUCAGUGACCACACAGAUUCAGCCACCUUGGACCGGCUCCAAGAGCACGAGAAGCUGAUGAAGAAGGAAAUGGGGCACCUGGAGACAGAAUUUGACCAGAAGGGCUGGAGCUGGAUACCAAGCCGGCGCCGGGAAGAUUUGGUUACAACAGAUCUGGGAGCAGAAGAUGGAACCUGGGAUGGGUGGCACUAUGUCGGGCUGGUCAUUCUCAUCCUGUUUGGGUGCUGCAGACACACCAUAGAGAAGGAGCCUAGUUAUGACUCCAGCACAGACAGCUCCAGCACCACCACCAGUGAAGACUAUGAUGACAUGGACAUGGAACCUGAAUGUGACAAACCCAGACAACAAAUGCUGGAGACUUUCUAUGACCAGCACGUUGAUGUGGAAACCAGCGAUCUCACCAGAAUGUGUGAUUUUGUGGAGACCUUUGUGAAUGACUUGCUGGAAACCUGUCGGAAAGUCCUUCCCUACCAGAACACCCUCCCUCUGCUGGAGAACUGCAUUGGGGUAGACAGUGCCUUUGAAGGAUGGCACACACAGAAGGGUUCUAAAACUUUCAGUGUACUUGUGCCUGUACUGCCCCCCAAGGGGCACUCCUUUCACAUUGAAACUACAGAUUCUGAGGAUGCCCCAAGCAAACAUGGGCACAUAUUGGUGGAGAUGGAAUGCAUGUGUAAGAGAGAAAGGCUGCUGGGGGAUGUGGUGUGCUUCCUUCACCAUCCAGAGCAGGAAGUGAGCAAAGAUAAGCAAGGAGCCUUCCUUAUUCAUGUUUUGUGCACCAGCUCCCACUUGGACGUAGAGAAAACCAUCCAGUGGUUCCAGGGUCUGGUGGACAAGGCCUGGCCCAGUAUCUGUACCAAGUACAACCUCGACCUCACACUUCAGCCUUCCAACACAACAUGCCGGCUGAAAUUGGCAUUUCGGUCUGGCAGGAUGAUCUUUAUUGACAUCACACUUGGGGUGCAGCAAGGAGACUCUUUGGUCUUCCUGGCCACUGAAGCUGCUGAGAUGGAUCAUUUAACUGGCACAGUUUGGCAGAAGUCAUUUGCCAUUCAGGAGUUGCUCUUUUUUAAAUGGGUAAGCCAGCGUGCCCCAGAGGAGAGCUGCCACCUGAAAUGUCUCCAGAUCCUCAUCUUUUUCAAGGAGUCCAGCCCAUCAGACAGGAAGAACAUAGUGCUCACCAACUAUCAUUACAAGACUUGCCUGAUGCAUCUCUUGCUCUUUCAGCCCCUUUCAGACUGGGGCCCUGAGGACUUUGGGCCAAGACUUCAGGACAUCCUCUUCUACAUGCAUACUGCCCUGCAGGAGAAGUAUCUUGAGCACUUCCUUAUCGGUAACAUCUCCUUGCCUAUCCACAUCCCUAUACCCAAGGCCCUCCGGAGUGCUACACCCUUCAAUCUUUUCCAGCACUUGGCCAAGAACCCCAACCUUCAUGCUGAGGCAAUGAAGGAGUUUGUGGAGGUUGUACAACGUGUGAGGGCUCUGUGGUCAGAGCACGAAGAGUAGCAAAAGUCUGCUCUGUUAGAAAGAGUAGCCUUCUUUGGCGGCUCA